GGGCUGCUCGCGCGGGCGGGGGCAGAGCGGGCGCGGCGCUGCGGGCGACCGCAAGGCCCCGGGGGGCCCGCCGGGGAGGAGCCGGGAGGAGGCCAGAGCUGCAUGGAGUUUCUGGGGCGCGCAACUCCGGCGGGGCCUCGGCCACUGGGCUCCGGGGCGCAGCGAGGCAGCCGCGCACAUGGGCUGAGCCCGCGCGGCCAGCGGGCGCGGGAGGGGUAGAGCGGCGCGCGGUGCCGGGGGUGCGGGGCACGCGUCCCCAGACGGGAGCAGAGGACAAGGACAGGGAGGCACGCGCCCAGAUCGCGCUCCGAGCCGACGAGGGGCUCGCGCCGGCCCCGGCGCGCGCGUGGGGAGCGGCCCGGGGGCGCCUAGGGAGCCGGCGGCAGCGAGGAUGCCGGCGCGGGGACGCGGCUGCCGGCUGGGGGUGUGAGCCAGAGGCUGAGCGCUGCCCGCUCGCCGCCUCCAUUCCGCGCCGCCCCCUCCCUGCGGGCCUCGCAAGACGCCCCCCGCGCCGCGCGGAGGCACCUCGGCAGCCGGGCUGCGGGGCCCCGGCCCAGCGAGAGGGAGAAGAUGCCGUUCCACCAUGUGACCGCUGGCUUGUUGUACAAGGGGAAUUACCUCAACCGGUCACUCUCUGCUGGCAGCGACAGUGAGCAGCUGGCUAAUAUCUCGGUGGAGGAGCUUGACGAAAUCCGAGAGGCCUUUCGGGUUCUGGACCGCGAUGGGAACGGCUUCAUCUCCAAGCAGGAGCUGGGCAUGGCCAUGCGCUCCUUGGGGUACAUGCCCAGCGAGGUGGAGCUGGCCAUCAUCAUGCAGCGCCUGGACAUGGACGGGGAUGGCCAAGUGGAUUUUGACGAAUUCAUGACAAUUCUUGGCCCCAAACUGGUGUCUUCAGAAGGUCGUGAUGGUUUUCUUGGCAACACAAUAGAUAGCAUAUUCUGGCAGUUUGACAUGCAGAGGAUAACUCUGGAAGAGCUGAAGCACAUUCUCUACCACGCCUUCCGGGACCACCUCACGAUGAAGGACAUUGAGAACAUCAUCAUCAACGAGGAAGAAAGCCUGAAUGAGACCUCGGGGAACUGCCAGACAGAGUUUGAAGGAGUGCACUCCCAGAAACAGAACAGGCAGACCUGCGUGCGGAAGAGCCUCAUCUGCGCCUUCGCCAUGGCCUUCAUCAUAAGCGUCAUGCUGAUCGCGGCCAAUCAGAUCCUCCGGAGCGGGAUGGAGUAGCGGCCGCCGGCCACCCACGCUGCCCCCAUGCACGUGCGCGCCCGGGGCGGACUCCUCCUCCUGCACGCAGCGGACACAGACCUACGGGUGGAUGCGGACGCGGGGACAGUUCAGGCAAGAACCCAAGCUUGAGCGCAGCUGGGGUUGCAAAUCACCUUCAUCUCCUUGGCAGGGACACAAAAGGGCUGUCUUCAAUGCUUUAAUGGUUUCGUUUCCUAAUGCAAUAAAUAGCCAGGAGUUCCGAAUUUUUGCUUCAACCACCAGUAGUAACUCUAAAAAAAAAAAUCUUCAUUUCAUCUCGGAAUUCCAGUGGCCAUCCAAGUGUCAUGGUGAGAGAGCGAGAGAGAGAGGCGUGAACACGCAGUCACCUCCACAUCCCAUUCUUUCAACCCAGGGGGCGACAGGAGACCCCCCCACUGAGGCCAACCCUCAGUCCCAAGAGGCUGACUUCCGGGUUGCCCCAGAAGAGGGUGGCUUUCCAUCUCGCCCUGGCUUCCUUCCUCCACCCAUUGGAGACCCCCCCAAGGCAUGAGGGGAAAGCCAUUAAGUGGGGUGCAGCCCCUGGCGGUUUGCAGCUGCACCCCCCAUUGCUUCCGUUCUUACUGCCUUUUCUGCAGGACUCCGGUUGGUAGAGCUGGGGAGCUCUCAGUUUCCAUGGCCCUCGGCUUUCUGUUCCUAGAGCCCAUCCCGCACCAGCAUUUUGGAAUCUGCAGAGAGCCUUCCUCCCAGCUUUGCCGCCUGUGCUGCCAUUAGAGAAAAAGAAGCGUAAACCGUGGGCAUCUCUAUAACAUAGACACAUAGACAGACGCAUAUACUCGGCUUCUUCAUAUGUGACGUCCUUCCCUAAUCGCUUACCCCUGAUAUAAGCUUGUCUUCCCUCCCACACUCAUCCCUGCUUCUCUGGGGCAGGGGUGAAGCAGGUUGGGCGAGAGGGAGAUUGAGACUGGUGGUGAGGUGUUGACAGCCCACACCCAGCCAUCUGGAGUCCCGGAGAGCCACCACCACUCCGUGCGGGACGACCUCUGUAAGUUAAGGUCCUCGUGCAUCUUACCUUUCCUUGGUCUUGGAAUUUGCUUUGUUAGUUAGCCUUCCCCAGCUAAAAGGAGAAACCCAAUCCAAAGCGGAAAGAUGGAAAGCUCCAACGACUGUGUUUCAUGUAAUGUCAUCUGGCGUUCAGAUUUUGCAACUGACUCAUUUUCACAAGAAAGAGGAGGGAAAAGAUAUCAAUGAGCUUAGCCAACAGGACAGGUAACUUACUCCUGCCUGCCGAAGACUUCCGCCGGGGAAGGGAACUGAACACCAUUUCAAGUCUGUGAUUUCCAGAUCGUUCCUAGACGCCGUUUCAGCCACCACUAUUAAGUCAAGCUUGCAUAGUCAGAUUAGCCAAUAAUCUCUAGACGUAAUAUUUCCCUUCGGACUCUUUUCCAAGCUCAGGUCUUUAUUUCUGUAAUGGAAUGUCUUGCUCCUUUUUCUUUCGAUUACGUCCUAAAGCUACAUGUUUUUUCCCUUCUCCUUUCUGCCCUUUCUCCCAGCAUAGAGACGCCAGGAUAUUUCCUGUCUCAGUGCAGGGGGUUGGCUUUCUGGCGCAGUGUGUGUUCUGAUCUUCCGAAGCCCGUCUUCCCUCUCAGCUUUCCCCCUACUGCCUUCUCAGACUUGGAGCAUCCAAGGUCUCCGAUUAGGGUCUUCUUCUAAUCCACCUCUGCAGGUGCCUCCAGCCACAGCCUGGGGGCAGCUGGAGAAACUUUCCCCCCAUGGGAGAGUGUGAAUAUUUCUGAUGAGCACAGGUAAAACUAGGGUUUGAGCCAUAGUGUGGAGGAGGAAGCAGAUAUAAGCUCCCAAGAGCCCAGGGGACUGAGCGCCCCUCUGCACAACUUCCUGGAGUCCAGCCCAUCCCCCCCUUACCUGCCCGGCCACCAGCCACCGUGCACACUGCAUGCCCGCCCCUUCUGUCACUCCCCUUGGCUGACUCACCACGGGCCCAUUGGGAUCAGAAUUCUAAACUAGAGCAGGUGCAUGUAGAAUACUAAUAUAUCGGAUGCCUUCAUCCUCAGUUUCGGCCCAGGGCAGCUUGACCCCUCCCAGCUGGACAUGCAUGGGAGGCAUAGUAGAACGUGCAGGGCCAUGCUUCCCUAUCUUUCACUGACCCCUAUGCCACUAAACCAUGUCCUCCUGGAAACAAGGGUACAGGACCCUAAGUAGACUGGGUAGAAAUCCCAGGGAUGAUUCUCGAAGGAGCCCUGCCCCAUGAGUGGGGAGUGUAGUACUGCAGCCAAGGCUGGCCUUCAGGGCAGAAAAAUGGACUUAUUCAAAACCUGCUUUUCUGCAAAUUUUUCUGCCUCCUUCUGGAGAACAGAGACCCCGAAGGAUGUGGGGGUUAGAUUUCAUUGGCAGAGAGAUUAACCACUGUGCAGGGGUGGGGGUGAAAGGCAUUAUAGAGAGACACCAACAGUUUAUAUUCUACAAAGGUCAGCGGUCCUUCCCUAAAGAUGACCCUUUCCCUUCUCACGGUGACCUGGAAGCAGUCCAUCCUGCCCGGGAGAAAAUCUAGAAUAAUGCAUUCCUCUGGGUAUUGCUGGGAUGAGAGGGCAAGAAGGAAGCCACAGCAUUCUUUUUGACAGCCUAGGAAUUAAGCUCCUACCAUGGUGAUCUGCCACGUGGUACCCAGAGGCUGAAGGACACAGUGUGUGGAGACAGCACUGAACGAGUGACAUCCAUUAGACUUUGGGAGCUCAAAGUUUGUCCCUGUGACUUGCACCCUGGCUGCUUUGCUUGGACAGUCUGUCUUGGGUAUAUGGAAGGUUUCUUUGUCGGCCAUCCAACUCUGCAGCCCUCCUCACACAAAUCCUAUGCCAGGGCCCCGUGCUAGCUAGAGUCCCCAUCACAGUGGCUAUGGUGCUCGUGACUGAAAGUUCCAGAAGGUCCAGGUCUCCCAUGCCCAAGGAGUACCAUGUGACUCCAGCCGGGGGAAGGGGGUGACUUUUCUAGGAACUGAGAUGGAGGAGCCCAACCCUCACUCUGUUUUCCCAGGUGAUAACAGACUUAGGAGCCAGCGACCUGGGCUGCCAGCCAUGGGGUGGCUGAGUAAUCAGCAAACUCAGCUUGGCUCAGUCUUGCUACAAGAGCAGGUGCCCCCGAUGACACAAGCAAUGAUGAGGGAGACAGAGGCAUUUUACUUGGGAGAGAAAGGGAAGUGGGCCCUGGCUCCCGUGACCCUCAAAGAAGCUGUCUCCCCCAUUCCAGAUGCAGACAGAGCCCCUGAACAGGACCCAGCGUCAGAACUAUUAGCAGUGACUUCCAGAAUGUGCGUGGGUCCCACGUGACCAAUCUGUUAAAAAGAAAAAAAAAAAGAUAUUGCCAUGGCAACCCAUGCAUUCCACCCUGAGUUUGCCAAGGCACACAAAAAUAGGGAACAUUUUCUUAAAGAACACUUCACUUCUGCCUGAUUUCAACCUGACUCCCUGCAUCCACAUCCUGCUGGGAGGAGAAAUUACCCCCAAAGAAUCUGGGUGGUUUCUCUGCCUUUUUCUCUUGUGUUUGAACUUGUCCUUCUAUUUACUCGGUACAACAGGAGCUACCCGUAAGCCCAGUGGUGUCCUUCCCAGCCCACCCUUAGCCCUACCUCCUAAGGCCCAGAGCAAGGACCCCUUAAUCUAGGCAAAUAGGCAGAAAUGUCAUCUGGAAGACAAACAGUAAAUUUAAGCCUUCAGUCUUUAAAAGCAUCUGUUUGCAUGUUAAGAAGCUUCCCCACAAGCCAGAAAUGUGAACUUCAGGGAACUGGGGUCUCCACGUGGUUUCAGGCAAGCCCAGUGGUUUCAGAAGUGUCCAUGUAUUUUAUUUGUAGAGAACAAGGUGUGUAAAGAAAAAAAAUUCUUCUUUCUUGAUAUCUGCUCCUGUCUCAGAUGUCACAUGACAUCUUGUGCUUCUCCAAAGGAACCUAUGAAAGAUGGGCAGCGCAUUUUGACAAUAAAGCCCCUCCCAGCCUCCCAUCCACAGAAUCAUAAGGUGAUAUAUCUAAGAACUUGGAGAGAAAAAUUUAUCUUUUAUUUCAAAUGCCUCCUACGGGGCUUAAGUCCAGACUCAGGUCAUAAAUCAAAGAGAGAUUUGCACGUUGCUCUUAACCUGUAGCUAGCAGCCUCCCUGGGACCCUAGGAGGGCACGGCCGGAAAAUGAAGAGUGUGACCACCAAGGACAGCUCCCCGGGUUGGGCUGGCCUGGCCUCUCCCAGCUGCAUGCCCUGGAACCCUGUUUCAGCUGAGCUUUUGUUCUCCGUCAAGGAAGCUGCUGAGCUCUACCCCUUCCUACUAGAGGUCUUCAGCCAGACUGGGUCAUUACUGUGCCAUUUCUCCAAAGGCUCACGACUCUUGAUGUUCAUCCUUUGCCAGGGAGGGUCUAGAAGAUACAGAUACAGGGAAGGGUCUAGAAGCCACCUGCAAGGAGGGACUGUGAUGAUGAUGCAGAUGAACUGAGAUUAAGCUUCUAGACUCCGGCACAUGCUGGUUGUAUGAGCAGGAGUUCUGCAGAGCUGCGAUCCCAGGAGAACAUCUGCCUGAAACGACCUCAGAUGAGAACAUUCUUGCUGGCCUUUUCAGAGAUCCCCAUGGGGCUAAGAGUCCGUUACCUGAAGGCCUUGCCGCAGCCAUCUUCCCUCACCACCUGAUUACUCAAGUUCCCCAGAAGGGAAAGUUCUAUCUGAAACAGAACAGAAGCAUUAUUCAGCAGCUAGGGUUUUCAAUUUGAAUUAUUUAAAGCAAUGGCAAAGCAAAGGAGGAUUUGGGCUGCUGCUUACAGACCUGGUCUCCGUGACAAUUUAAGUGUCAGAACUGUUCAGCUCACUUCAUACUUGCUUUGACUGAGUCACUCAGGGGACUGUCCUCAGUUUUGUGGCCUUGCAGUAGACAGUUGGCUUGGAGGAAUGAGGUCAAGUGCACCAACCAGCCAAGCAUUUCUCUUAGUGUCCUACGCUCGUUGCUAAUGCACAUGGUCAUUUUUGACAGCUACAGUUUCUACUUAAUACUGGCUUGGGACCCUCUUCAUACGGUCUCAAGGGACAUGAUAAUAAUGUUCAAGAAGUCGUCAAGGCAAAAUUAAUUUGAUUCAUUUGGCAUGAAAUCAGAAUCAGGUGUUUCCAGUCCCACAAAGACUGUCCUUUGAAACUGGACAAAACUUGCCCAGUCCCCUUGCCCCUACCCUACCUUGGGCAGUGUGUCAGUUGAGCUGUGCCGGGCAUGGUCUCACCCACCCCUUUCCCGGGGCAUGCUGGGUUGGCUUGCAAACUAGUGCUUCUCACUGUUAGAAGUUACUGUCCAAGUGAAAAGGAUGCAGAGGCUGGAAUUUUCCAGUGCGUUCAAAGAGCAAGCUAACUAGGAAGGAAUAUUCCAGGGAAUGCAAAACUCAACUGUGAUGCUGCUCCAUCCUUGGAUCUGAGAAAGGGGAAAAAAAGGUUUUUAAAGGGCUGCAGAUGCUACUGGUCUCUGAAUGUCUUCCCUGGAUAGCUGGCCUACUUUGGGAACAUGCAGGGGAUUGAGUGCCACGGGGCUGCCCAUCAGCCUGGUCCGCAUGACAUGCUCUGCGCAUUUCCUCGGAGGAUGCUGACAUCUGUCAAGCACAGAAUGCCUCUCCCGGGGCUCGCAGACCUGUUGAACCGAGGCCAGGAGAGCAGAGCAGAGAACUUGAAGUCUGGUCAGAUCUACCAGCUGGGAAGGGCACAGGCAGAAGGACUGUCCCACCCACCAGCCAGGUUCUGCUGAGUGGCUUCCCUCCCUGGCUCCAGGUUUCUCGUCUCUAAAGCCAGAGGAAAGGGAAACCAGAAGAACCGUCCCAUUGUGACAUUCCGUGUGAAAUAAAUCAGAGUGAAUGUUCACUAUCGAGAGGGCCCCGUUUCCCUCAUGAAUUGCAUUAAGGACUGGCAGCUUUUUUGUUUGUUUGUUUUUUAAACACAGGUCCCAAGAGACUGUUGUGGUUAAAGUAUCUCUUUUGGUGUCCAGUUGUCUGUAAGUGAAACGAUGCCAUUGGUCUAUGUUGAAUGUGUCACGCCUUGCAGGCAAAAGGUUUUGUUUAUUCCCUAAGGACUUGCUGAUUCAAGGGAGCCUCAAAAUGGGCGUUGAGUCCUUGUCUCAGCCAGUGUGAAAAUAAAGGGAUUCAGUCACCUCGCCACGGGUCACGUGACUCAGAAUUCCUGAGUAAAGCAGAUGAAAUGAAGAGCCAGAUUCCAGGUGAAGAUGUUUGUUUCUCCAUCUGAGAAAGCCCAUCCGAAAGCUACUGAAAAAAAGAGCACAAUUUCCAGUCAUUUCUUUCUUUCCUUUUUUCCUCUGGCCACUGCAACAGCAGUUCCAGAAUAUGUUGACAGUGGUUUGUAAUUAUUUGUAUCACGAAGAAGGAAGAGAGUCAUGAUCUCUGGUGAUUGUCAGGAAUUAGAUGAAUAGUUCCGGGGACCGGCCACCUGCAGUCACCCUCAGAUGGCGGAUGAGUGAUGCUGAGCACAGGUGUACGCCUUAGGUGUGACCCAAGCAUGCAGAAGGCAGCAGGAGAGCAGCUGUAGGACCACAAAAAUCUCCAGCCCUUCUGCCCCAUGCCAACACAAAAUCCUAGGCUCUUGGUUUUUUUUUUUUUUUCUCUUUUCCUAAAGUAGACUGAUGUCUCAGCGAUUGUUUUUAUAGCAAGCCCUGUUGUUCUUUCUUGGAAAGACCUAGAUUGGCCAAGAAAGGACCCUGUUGGCUCCUGUAGGAGACUGGCACUAGCCAGCAUCUCUCAGCUUUCUCCAAGGAAAAUUAAAGAAUAUUCUUUCUUUCUUACCUGAAAAUCAGCUUUCAGGGGUCCUUGAAUGGCUUCUUAGUGGGGCUUGGUUUUGUUCCCCAGUUCUGAAUCCAGGAAGAAGCUAUUUCUCCAAGGACUAACCAAAGGCAGUGCCCUUGGAGGGGAGUCAGACUGAGAAAGUCUGGCUGGGCAGUGGGUUGACAAACUGUCACCUGGUAGGAGGGUGUGGGAGUGUCACUUUGAUCCUAGAGGUCAUUAGACUUCAGAUGUGCAUGCAUUGUUUCCCAAAGCACAGCAGGAAAUGACUGGAAUCCUUGCCCCUAAUAUGCCGGGUGUAAACAGAAGCACAGCUGAGGAUUAUUAUGGCCAGGAGAGGGGAGUUGGGCAGCUCUCAUACCCAGAAUGGGCCACUAAUACUGAAAUCACGGAUCACAACCUUCCCGAUCACCACAUUGACAUUCCUUUUUUUUUUUUUCCAAUUCAGUAUUAGUUGAUGAUUUCUGCUAUUACGUGAUGCGAGAGAGUCAGCAGACUAGUCAAAAGGAAAAAAAUAUCUUUAUAUAAAAUGUAAAUAUUAAUAUAAAUUAACUUGGCAUGCAACUUACUGAUCAAAUGAAGUAUAUAUUAUUAAUAUGUUAUCUCAGUGUAUAAAGGAAAACUGACUGCCAUAUUAACCAGAUGUUUUCUUUAACCAAACUUGUCUGUAAAUAUAUAAUCUGUAUAAAAAAGAGUCUAAUUUACCAUUAUUUAUGCAAUAGAAAAAAAAAUAAAAGUUCUCUCUCUUUUUUUUUUUU